AUGCGACAGACAGGCCAGCAACUACUGUUCCAACUGCCGGGCGCGAGGCUUGCCGUGCAUCCUCACCCCAGUGGAAAAGCAAAACACCAGAAUGAGAAGCUGACAGUACGACGCUUUUUCUCGUCUUACAGAGCACAAUUCCUUCACUCAAUCGAGUCUCGAAUUGAGCGGAUGGAAGCGCUGCUGUCUGGUUUCGCGGAGAAACAGUCAACCAUCGACGAGCCUGCUCAGUUUAAACCACUUGAAACUCCAGAAACCCCACACGCAUUAGAGAAAGAGCUUGCCAAUCUAAUCAUAUCAGAGUCUGGCGAACAGAAAUACGUCGGUCCCUCGGAAUUCUCUCUUUUCUCCCCUCGAGGAUUGGCCUGGAUCCAGCGCAAGACGGGAUCAACCCGUGUCGCGGUCAUGUUCGAGCAUCUUCGGCGAUUCGGUCCGAUAUGGCCCUCAUAUAGACUCGGUCAAUUGUCCGAGGGUGGGCGUGCUGGGUGCCGCCUCCCAACCAAAGAGGCAGCUGCACAGCUCGUGAACAACUAUUUCAGGACUUUCAAUUCGAUCUUCCCUCUCUUCGACCAGACAUCGUUCUGGGUCCUUUUCCAUCAACAAUAUUCAGCGGACCCUCCGACCAAGCGAUCAUGGACUGGCGCAUUGAAUGUUGUUCUGUCCAUCGGCUGCAUCACUGCCACGGACUCCAUCUGGAACAGCAUUCGCAGCUCCGAUCCGUAUUAUUUCUUGAGUGUGUCAGACGUGACAUGGAAGCUUUUCCAAAACGCUUCGUCAGUACUGUUGGAUAUGCUCUUUCACGCCAAUGAUCCUAUGGCUGUGCAGACAGUGAUUGGAAUGGCCUUCAUCAUGCAGGCAAUCAUGAAUCCAGAAGGCGCUUUUGCACUCCUUGGAGUUGCCGCUCGAAUGGGGAAUGCUCUUGGCCUGCAUCGAUGGCUCGAUGGCUUCGGCCUGUCUCGAGCAGAGCUUGAGCAGCGACAAAGAGUCUUUUGGAUAUUGUACAUCUUGGAGAAAGACAUGGCGAGUCGUGUUGGUAGACCCUCCGCUAUUGAUGACGACGACAUCGGCUUCGAUUUCCCUGCCGAACAGUCGCAUGGAACUGGUGGAAUCAACAUAUCAGGUGCUCCUCCCAACCAUACGAGAUUCUACCCUUUUCGCCACAUGUGCAUUCUUGCGCGCAUUCAGAGUAAGGUGUACAGAGAACUGUACGCGUAUGCUGCUCGGUUGAAAACAACGAGCGAGAGACUCGAAUCUAUCAGCAGACUAGACACGGAGCUUCAGGAAUGGAAGGAGAGCUUUCCCGUAGAGAUCAGGCCGGAGCACCCCAUACAAUGUGACUCGGAGGGCAGGUUUCCCAUUGUCCUUCUUCAUUUUGGAUACUACCACUGUCUGAGAGCUAUCCACCGAGUCAAUGCACACCAUGAAUUGUGGUCUUCGGAAACCGACGGAUCCAACAACAGCGAGUCUUAUCCCUCUUCUUCAGGUUUAGAUGGCCUAUGCGUUGACGGUGUACUAAACGUUCGGGUCCACGCCUCCUAUGCGCUCUGUCUGGCGGCGGCACGAUCAAUCCUUCACCUCUCGGUAACAUAUUUGCAGAAUUGGGCCGAUCCAAGAAACAACCUCAUUUGGAUAAGUCCAUACUUUCCUUUCUCGGCAUUCUUGACGUUGUUCGCCUUCAUGCUACAUUCCCCUCUGGAUCCAAAAGUGACGGCAGAUCAAAUUCUUAUGGAGAGAACAUUGGACUGUAUGCGCGGAAUGCUACACACACUAGAUGGGCAAACAAUAUCGUUCAUGGCAGAAAUUUCGGGCGAGCUUCUCGCAGUUGCCAAACAGUAUGUCGAGAAUGUUCGCAAUCACGUCUCUCAGGGAAAGGACGAGAAUCCGGCAAAGCGACAGACUCCUGCCGAAGAGGGUUUCGCGGGUUUCGCGUCAAGCGACCCCACUGUCCACACCGACGCGAACGUGGCCAGUGCCAUACAACCGUCGACGACAGCGAGCUUGGGGGUGCAGCAGGAUCCCACGUCAAACUCGGUGCCGAUGUCCCUUGGGUUGCCAAUUGGCUUCGAUUUUCCUGGCGGUCUCCCAGCUACGAAUCCGCCCUAUGCAGCAAACGAUGGACCCGAUCCAAGCCAGAUCAAUAACUUGGAUCAAUCCUCGAUACAACAAUCCUUAAUGGACGAUCCAUUCUUUCUUGUAGAAGAUGAUGGUUGGGAUUGGAGCUAUUGA